GGCCAUGCCACCCCCUGGAAAAGUUCCCCGUAAGGAGAACCUGGGGCUACAGUGUGAGUGGGGAUCCUGUUCCUUUGUGUGCUCAGCCAUGGAGGAGUUCUGUGAGCAUGUCACUCAGCACCUGCAGCAGCACCUGCAUGGCUCCGAGGAGGAUGAAGAGGACCCUCUUGGGGAAGAAUUCUCCUGCUUGUGGCAGGAGUGUGGCUUUUGUUCCCUGGACAGUUCUGCUGACCUCAUCCGGCAUGUCUACUUCCACUGCUACCACACCAAGCUGAAACAGUGGGGGCUGCAGGCCUUGCAGAGUCAGGCUGACCUCAACCCCUGCAUCCUGGACUUCCAGAGCCGGAAUGUUAUCCCUAACAUCCCUGACCACUUCCUGUGUCUGUGGGAGCACUGUGAGAGCUCCUUCGACAACCCUGAGUGGUUCUAUCGGCAUGUGGAAGCGCACAGUCUGUGCUGUGAGUACCAGGCUGUUGGUAAGGACAACCAUGUGGUGCUGUGUGGCUGGAAAGAGUGUACAUGUACCUUCAAGGACCGCUGUAAGCUCCGAGAGCAUCUCCGCAGCCAUACCCAGGAGAAAGUGGUUGCCUGUCCUACGUGUGGAGGCAUGUUUGCCAACAAUACAAAGUUCUUAGAUCACAUCCGUCGGCAGACUUCACUGGAUCAGCAACUCUUCCAGUGUUCUCAUUGCUCUAAGAGAUUUGCCACAGAGCGGCUCUUGCGGGACCAUAUGCGUAACCAUGUGAAUCACUAUAAGUGCCCUCUAUGUGAUAUGACCUGCCCGCUGCCUUCUUCACUUCGCAACCAUAUGCGCUUUCGCCACAGUGAGGACCGGCCCUUUAAAUGUGACUAUUGUGACUACAGCUGCAAGAACCUGAUUGACCUCCGGAAACACCUAGAUACGCACAGUAAAGAGCCGGCCUACAGGUGUGAUUUUGAGAACUGCAGCUUCACUGCCCGAUCCCUCUGCUCUAUCAAGUCCCAUUUCCGCAAAGUUCAUGAAGGAGACUCAGAGCCAAGAUACAAAUGCCACGUAUGUGACAAGUGCUUUACACGGGGCAACAACCUCACCGUGCAUCUUCGAAAGAAGCACCAAUUCAGGUGGCCCUCAGGGCAUCCCCGCUUCCGGUACCAGGAGCAUGAAGAUGGCUACAUGCGGCUGCAGCUGGUUCGCUACGAGAGUGUAGAGCUAACACAGCAGUUGCUACAGCAGCCACAAGAGGGAACAGACCUGGAAGGUUCACUGAAUGAAAGCGGCCUGCAGGGCAUUCUUUUAGAAACAGUGCCCCAGGAACCAGGACCUAAAGAAGAAGAGGAGGCUAGGAGGAGUGAGGGGACAGCCCUUUCAGUGCCUCAGGACACCCCCAGCCCUGUCAUCCAUGUGGUGAAUCAGACCAGUGUCCAAAGCCCACAAGAGAUUGUGUACUAUGUGCUAUCUGAAGCCCUAGGAGAGCCUCCCCCUUCCACUGAGCCACCCUCAGGGAGUAUCAUGGGAAAGUUUCAGGGAAUAGCUUAGGAGCUGGAAGUUCAAAUGAUGUGA